AUGAGUACACAGUUACAAGUUGAACGCCAACUUCCGUCUUUAUCACACUCUUCAUAUUCUUUAAGUGACCAACAACACUCAACGUCUUUGGUAACCGUUGAACAAGCUCAAAACCCUUUUAUUGCCGGACACAUGUCGUCUCAAUCGUCAUGUUCUACCCCUUUUUCUUCUCCUUCUUCAAGAAUUAGAACCGUAACUGAUUCAGAUUCCUCGAAACAAUCUAGCACUAGUAAUACCAUGAGACUAACAAAUACAAGUUUAGGCAGCGAUGAUAACGGAAGUGCUGUUAUGAAACGAACAAAUAAGACCCAUGUUCCUAGUGCCUGUGUCAACUGUAAACGUGCUCACCUUGCUUGUGACGCUCUUAAUAAAGUUGAUACUUGUAUCGACAUUAAACACAAGAAACGAGGACGCCCAAAAUUGAAGGAUAAGAAACCUCACCCGUAUAAUACACAUGCAACGGGUGAUGCAAAAACUUGGGUAUCCAAUACCCAAUUUCUUCCUCCUACAACUACAAAUCCUAUUCCUUCUAGAAAUCAACGUCAAUUCGAUCCACCACCUUCUCAAAAUCAGCUUUCUUUUUCUUCUUUUGCUCCUUCCCCUCCUUAUUAUCGAUCUCCUCCUGCGAGGCAUAUACAUUUUAAUCAUCCUCCUUUCGUCAGUCAACCGUCAAGAUCCCAGAUCCCUUUAUCGGAAAUUUCUCCUACUAUUACAAUGUUUUUGACUGUUUCUGGCGCCCAAUGUGCUAGAGUCUCUGAUGAAUGCUUAGGCAAUAUGGGCUAUUAUCCUACUGAACUUGUUCAUAAAUCUCUAUAUGAAUAUGUUCCUCCUUCGGAUUGUGAAAGAUUACAAAAACUUGUUGAUUCUCUACUGGAAAAUGCUCAUAGGUAUCACCAUACCCUUCAACCUUCUCAUCAAUAUUCUUAUCAAGCUCCUUCCUUUGAUCCUCCGGUUACAACCGAUGAUCCGGGUUUUUUUCAAACAAGUCCUGAACAAUUACAAUAUCCUGCUUAUGGUGGUACCCUUAUUGAAGCUGCUGAUAUGAUCCAUUUAAAACAAAGAAACGGUCAAUAUGAUUUAUACAAUGUCAAAACUUACCUUGGUGGUGGUCUUGGUGCUGAAUUAACAAGGAAGGAAACUUGGUCCAAAUUAUACAUUGUGGCUUUUUUCACCAGAGUCAAAACUGGAUCUUGUGUACAAAAUGAUUGUAACCUUUACGCUCAAUCUAGAAUUAAUGGUAUUAAUGGUCAAAAUGUUAAUUGUUUUUCGACCGUGAACACUUCUUCUGCCAUUACUACAAUUGAUCCGGCUCUACUUUCGAUGUCACCUCAUUCAUCGAAUGAUGCUUCAAAUAUAGGUACAGGAAAAUUUGGUCUUUUAAGUCCUGUAUCAUCACCAAGACAAGAUUUGAAUCAAACAUCAUCUAUAUACAUAGAAACAGCUCCACCACCACCUAAUUCGCAAAAUCCAACCGAUUUUCAUCCUCAUCAGAGGACUCAUCAUUAUCCUAACUCAUUCACACCAGUUGCACAAAAUAUCCCUAGAAGUGAUUCUACACAAUCUUCUCCAUCCAUGCUACCUGAUAGACGAUCUUUACCGAAUAGAUCAUCAAAUAAUAAUAUAUACUAUCAAGAAAUGGAUGCAAAACCUGUUAUAGAUUCUGCAUUUGAACACAAUCAACUUGAUCGUUCAUCACACUUUCAUCAUAUACCAACUAAUAAUGAU